AUGCUAGCGCUUUCGAGGUCGCUCGCCUCAGUGUACCAUGCCACAGUGACAGCUCUGAAGCCACCAUGGCGACAUGUGCCGGGGACCGUUCUUGCCUUGUCGCAACAGCCGUCCGCAAGGGCAGACCGUACAGACAACGUCGGAGCGGCGCCUCAACCCACUCGGAUCCAGCGCGUGGACUCAGGCAAGGCUCUGCUGGUUGAGUACGCCAACGGCCAGAGGUUUUCUCUGCCAGCUGAGCUACUCCGAGUGAACAGCCCCUCACCCAAAGGGGGAACCCGGCAUGCUGGUUCUGCAUCCAAGAUUCUAUCUGGUCGCCGCCUCGCUGACUCAGUGAAGGGUCAGCGAGCACUUGCUGUGAGAUCUGCCCGACCAGUAGUUGCCUGCCGUGCGAGAUUCGGAGGCCUCUUCUCUCCGAAGAAAAAGGAUGAUGAGGAGGAGGAACCUGCAGCGGCUGAACCUGCAGCGUCGGAAGGAACGUUGAAGCUCCCAUGGAGUUUCCGGGGAGGAGACAAGGGUACUCAGAAAGUAACAGAGGAGAUUGAGGAGGUCGAAGAGAAGGGGACCCAGAAAUUCGUGUUUUCACCCUUCAAUUUAUUCGGUGCUGCCAAGUCUGACAACAAUUCCCGUGACGACAAUGUUGUGUUUAUUGCCGGGGCAACUGGCAGAGUUGGCUCUCGUGUGGUCAGGGAGGCUAUCAAGGCUGGAUUCAAGGUCCGAGCCGGAGUGCGUAGCCUUACUAAGGCAGACGAGGUCCUCACUGAUCUUCCUUCACCGCCUAAGAAGGGACUUUUCGAUCUGUUUUUUGGGAAAGAGGCCGAUGUGGAGCUUGUGGAGUUCGACAUUUUUGACCCGGAGUCAGUUGAGGAAGCUAUUGGCAACGCUGGAAAGGUUGUGUGCGCCAUUGGUGCAUCCGAGAAUCUGCUCAAUGUCUCCGGGCCGUACAGCGUGGAUAAGGUUGCAACGGAGAAUCUGAUAAACGCAUCUGCCGAGCUUGGAGUGAACCAAUUUAUCAUGAUUUCGUCUAUCGGCACUGGGAAGUUCGGAUUUCCUGCGUCGCUACUGAACUUGUUCUGGGGCGUCCUCUUCUGGAAGGCGCAGGCUGAGAAGACCUUGAUAGCGAGCGGCGUUCCGUAUUUGAUCAUUCGUCCUGGUGGAAUGGAGAGGCCGACUGAUUCCUUCAAGGAAACACAUAACCUGAAGCUGGAGGAGGGUGGCACUUUAACGGGCGGACAAGUGUCCACCUUGCAGAUUGCCGAGCUGGUUGCGGUGGCGUUGAACAAGCCAAAUCUUGCAGCCAACAAGGUUGUGGAAGCGGUUGCUGAGACGACAGCCCCCGAAGAAUCUAUUGAGAGCCUCUUGGCGGCCAUUCCUUCAGAUGAUGUGGAGGAGGAUGAUGACGAAUACGACGAAGUGGAGGAAGUUGUUGUAGUGGACACAAGGAAGCAGAAACAGAAGGAGGCUGCGGUUUCAGAACGGGAAAGGCAGAAGCAGGCAGGGGCGACAGAAGCAGCUGAGCGUAAGGCUGCCGAGGCAAGGGCAAAGUUGGCCGAGCAGCUUGAACUUGCUCGUCAGCAAAAAGAGGAGGCUCUUGCUGAGGCCCAGUCAGUCGCUGCUGAGCAGGCUGCUCUCGAGCAGAAGCGCCAAGAGAUCGAAUCACGAGCAGCUGCAGCUUCUCAAGCUGCUAGAGAGGCUAAGGUUGUGGAGGAGGCCGUUCUUGCUGCAGCCGCGGAAGGUCGGAUCUUGAGCCAGCGUGAGAAGGACCGCCUCAUCCGUGAAUUGCGUGAGAAGGAGGCUGCUGCAGCAGCUGCCGCUGAACUGGCGAAGGCAAGAGCAGAAGCUGAAGCUCGAGCUAAGGUGGAGCAGCCGAAGUCAUCUACCGACCUCCCACCAAGCCCGACUCCGCUUUCACCCUACACCAUGUACCCGGACCUGAAACCCCCAACUUCUCCAACUCCAUCUCCUCCUAAGCCUAGCCCUGAAGCAAUUGCUGCCAAGGCCAAGGCAGAGGCUGAGGCUAAAGCAAAGGCAGAAGCUGAGGCUAAAGCAAAGGCAGAAGCUGAGGCUAAAGCAAAGGCAGAAGCUGAUGCCAAGGCCAAGGCUGCAGCAGAGGCUAAGGCCAAGGCCGAGGCUGAGGCUAAAGCAAAGGCUGAAGCUGAAGCCAAGGCCAAGGCUGAGGCAGAAGCCAAGGCAAAGGCUGACGCAGCUGCUAAGGCGAAGGCUGAAGCAGAGGCGAAGGCCAAGAGCAGUGGAGGGGGGUUACCAUUUCGCUGGCCGUGGCAAGUUGCUGAGGUGAAGAGUUCCACCGAUCUGCCUCCUAGUCCAACGCCACUCUCUCCUUACACAAUGUACCCUGAUUUGAAACCCCCAACGUCUCCCACUCCAUCUCCUCCCAAGCCUGAUCCUCAAGCCAAGGCUGCUGCUGAGGCUAAGGCCAAGGCUGAGGCCGAAGCUAAGGCCAAGGCUGAGGCCGAGGCCAAGGCCAAGGCUGACGCAGAGGCCAAGGCUGAGGCAGAGGCCAAGGCCAAGGCUGAGGCAGAGGCUAAGGCUAAGGGUGAGGCAGAAGCGAAGGCCAAGGCUGAGGCAGAAGCCAAGGCCAAGGCUGAAGCAGCUGCCAAGGAGAAGGAGGCUGCUCCAGCGGCACAGGCCAGUGCUGGCGGCCUCAACUUCCGUUGGCCAUGGCAGGUUGCAGAGGAGGAAAAGAAGUCCUCCACCGACCUUCCACCCAGCCCGACCCCUCUGUCUCCCUACACUCAGUAUGAGGACCUGAAGCCUCCGACCUCUCCGACUCCAUCCCCUCCAACUCCUGUUGCCGCCAAGGUAACAUCAGAGCCACCCCCUGCUCCUGCGGCACCUGCACCGCCAAAGGCAGAACCUGUCUCAGCACCUGCAAAGUCUGAGGUGGCAGCAACAGCUGUGGCUCCUGCUGCUGAUGCUCCUGCUGAUUCGAAGAGAGUGUGGGUUAAAACUUCAGAAGGUGAGGCCAAGGGCCUUGAGCUGAAGUGGCCAUGGGAGGUUGCCGGUGAUUCCGGAAAUGGCAGCAGCAGCAGCAAAUCCGACCUGCCAUAUGCAAACCGGCCCCUCAGCCCUUACACCAUGUUCCCUGAUCUGCGGCCACCUUCAUCUCCGAUUCCUCUGAGAUCUACGGAUACGGAGAGCUAA